CGACUUCUGGUCACCACCCAACCGAAACAACACCAACCCCCACCAACCGCAACCGAUCCGCCUUCACUUUGUCGUUCCUUCUACGCCACCACUCCGAUACCUCUCUAUAGGAAUGGAACCACCGACGUCUCAAUUGCCACAAGGCCUUCGAGACCCCGAGUUGCACCAGAUGGAGAUAAAUCCUUCGGUGGUCGACGACCCCUCGGUUCUCUGGGACUGGAACGAUCUGCUUGACUUCAAUGUUGACGAUCAACUCGCUAUCACGUUCGAUGCGUUAGAGAACCCGGCCAUGCCGCCGCAGAUUCCGGUUGAGAACCCGGUCCAAGAUCGGGUUAGGAAGCGGGACCCUAGGUUGAUAUGUCCCAAUUUUUUGGCGGGGCGAGUUCCGUGCGCUUGUCCUGAGAUUGACGCGAUGUUGCAGGAGGAGGAAGAGGAGAAGGGUACGACAGGGAAGAAACGGGCCCGUAUGACCCGAACCGAGCCCAAUGUGGCCCGGUGUCAGGUCCCCGGGUGCGAGGCGGAUAUCAGCGAGCUUAAGGGGUAUCAUCGGAGGCACAGGGUUUGUCUGCGGUGCGCGAAUGCGACUUGUGUUUCGCUGGAUGGACAGUCCAAAAGAUACUGUCAACAGUGUGGCAAGUUUCAUUUAUUAUCAGAUUUUGACGAAGGCAAAAGAAGUUGUCGAAGAAAAUUAGAGCGCCACAACAAUAGACGGCGAAGAAAGCCUUGUGAGUCGAGAUUUGACAAGCAAUUGCACGGGGAAAUGCAGACUGAUGAUGUUGAAGGUGAUGGCGAACCAGAAAAAGAUACUUCAUGCAUGAAUAGCCAAGCUACUGAGAAAGAGACAUUUUUCGAAUCGGAAGAUGGACACAUGUAUUCCCUUCACUCAACCCCUAAUCUGGAACAUAAGAAUAGUGAUAGUGGUGUGUCUGCUGUAGUUUCUGGUGAAGCCCAAAUGGAUGGAGGGAAAGAUGAUUCCAAGUUCUCACAUUCCCCUUCAAAUUAUGACACUAAGAGUGCUUACUCAUCUAUGUGCCCAACAGGUCGGAUCUCAUUCAAGCUUUAUGAUUGGAAUCCAGCAGAAUUCCCUAGAAGGCUACGGCAUCAAAUAUUCCAGUGGCUGGCCAAUAUGCCUGUUGAGUUGGAAGGAUAUAUUCGUCCUGGUUGUACAAUUUUGACAGUGUUUGUAGCAAUGCCAAACUAUAUGUGGGUUAAGUUAUUUGAAGAUCCUAUAUCAUAUGUUCGAGACUUCGUUGCACCUGGAAUGAUGCUGUCUGGGAAAGGCUUUAUUAUUGUUCAUUUAAACAACAUGGUUUUUCGUGUUAUGAAAGGAUUAGAUGGAACGUCUGUGAUGAAAGUCAAUGUAAAGGGGCGUGCUCCAAGGCUUCACCAUGUGCAUCCAAUAUGUUUUGAGGCUGGCAAGCCCAUAGAGUUUGUAGCUUGUGGAAGUAAUUUGUUUGAACCAAAAUCUCGAUUUCUAGUAUCUUUUGCUGGGAAUUACCUGCCAAAUGAUUAUUCUGUUGCAUCUCCACAUGGUCAGAGUGAAGGGGACAAACCAUGUCAUUUUGGUCACCAGUUGUGCAAGAUACAUAUACGUCUGACUGAACCAAAUCACUUUGGUCCUGCUUUUAUUGAGGUCGAAAAUGAGUCUGGGUUGUCGAACUUUAUUCCUCUACUUAUCGGGGACAAAGAAACUUGUCUUGAAUUGAAGACCAUCGAGCAAAGAUUUGAUGAAUCGUUCUUUUCAGAACGGUCUCACUGUUCUUCUGGUGUUUCGGUAUGGGACAAUUGCGAGGUUUCUGCUGAAAGACAAAACACGUUUUCUGAAAUUGUUUUAGAUAUAGCGUGGUUACUGAAAGAGCCUGCAUCAGAAUAUCUUCAACAGAGCACUACCUCACAGAUUCAGAGGCUUAAUCGUUUAUUGGACUUCCUUAUAUGCAAUGAAUCAACCAUAAUUUUGGCUAAAGUUUUACAAAAUUUAAAGAUAGCUGUGAAUGACAGGAAGAUUAGCGGCUCCUUUAAUGGCACUAUUGGUGCUGAUAUGAUGCUAUUACAGAAGCAUAUGGACUAUGCGAGUGAUCUUCUUUGUCAAAAUAUUUGCGGAAGUGAUGGUUUAGUUUUGCGAUCAGAACAAGCUGUGACAAAGCUGGAUUGUAUUUCAGGAAGCUGUUUGCAAAGUGAUUCGGUCUCCAUUGUUCCAACCACCAACCAGGAUUUAGAGGUACAAUCAACUUGUAAUUUGGGAGUGACAACGAAAUCAUCUUCUACCAAUAAGAAUGAAGAAGCUUUACCAUUUCUUACGCGUGAUGUUAUGAGCAUGAAGCUUAAAAAGAAAUGGCUGAGCAGAUCAUACAGCGGUGUUUUCCGAAGCCCAGUUUUAGGAUCCCGUUCUGCUAUUUUUAUAAUUGCUACUGCUGCUGUUUGUUGUGGGUUAUGUGCAGUCAUCUUUCACCCAGAAAAGGUUAGCAGGUUUGCGGUAUCUAUACGCAGAUGUUUGUUUGAGAACAUAUAGAUACCUUAUCAAACUUUUGCUCUGUACAAAUCUGUUUAUCAGAGCAAAUACAGAGUUCCUAAUUUUUGGCACAUGUCAUGAAUGCAGCUCAUUGAGUUGGGGGGGACUUGUUUUCUGACUUCCAAGCAUUCGUUGUCCACCUUGCAUUAGGCUGCCUUUGUAAAUUAGAGUUUCAGUAUAGGAAUAACUGUAUUUUAGAAAGAUCGGGAAGAUGUCUGUUUCUAAAUUGAAAUGAAAAUUCUUUGUAGGCAAGCUUUUGCAUAAUCUUCGCUGGUGCUGCUGUUCCCUUUCCUGAAAUUCUAUACAAUCUUUCUUAUGUCCUCUGGUUCUGUUGUCAUGUAUUGAUGAAAUAAUUGAAGAUUCUUGUGGUGCCAUUAC